CGAAAAUUAAAUGUUUUGAGAAAUUUCCAAUGCGAUAGCGAAGACCAAACCUAUAAUUGAGUGCGAGGUCGAUUUAUUAGGUGCGCUACAUAUGUCAUGCCUGAAUUACCUACGGGUGAUGUAAAUAUCGUAAAGGAGACAAAAUAAUGCGUACAAACAUUGGUUAUCUUGGUAGUGCAGUUAAAAUGUCUAUUCUUCAGGUUCUCGUACCUAAAAUUGAAGUUAUAUUUUAAUGCUAGGUGCAAAAAAUCACAGAGCGAAUGGCCAAGUCAUCCAUCAAACAGUGUGAAGUAAAGUACAAUUUAAAAGUUCCAAAGGGAACAAAAGAUCGGGAUCCCCUCCAAAUGACAAUUCUUGAAGGUGUUUUUAGUACAAUAAUACGGUGUUUCAAGCGUCAUGAUGCGGUUACUAUAGACACCCCUGUUUUUGAGCUCAAGGAAGUUCUAGCUGGAAAGUAUGGCGAGGAAUCUAAACUCAUAUACGACCUUCAGGAUCAAGGCGGCGAGGCGCUUUCUCUUAGAUAUGAUUUAACCGUCCCAUUCGCCCGUUAUGUUGCCAUGCAUAAGAUCAAAUCUAUCAAGCGAUACCAAAUCGGAAAGGUUUAUCGGCGUGAUCAACCGGCUAUGACGCGCGGUCGUUACCGGGAGUUUUACCAGUGUGAUUUCGAUAUUGCUGGAGAUCACGGGCUAAUGUUGGCGGAUGCAGAGUGCCUUCGAAUAAUAUAUGAAGUGCUUUCAGAAUUGGAUUUAGGCGACUUUGUUAUAAAGAUCAACCACAGACGUUUGCUUGAUGGACUGUUUUCGGCUUGUAAUGUGCCAUCGGACAAGUUUGUUUCAGCUUGUUCCUCAGUUGACAAACUAGACAAGAUUCCUUGGGACGAUGUCAGACGGGAAUUAUGUGAAGACAAAGGGUUGUCACCUGAAGCUGCAAAUAAAAUUGGUUCAUAUGUUCAGUUAACUGGAGGUUUGGAUCUAGUUGAACGUCUCGAAUCAGAUGAGCACCUUAAUAAUCAACCAUCAGCUAAAGCAGCUCUUCAGGAAAUGAGAUUAUUAUUAGACUAUUGUAAAGCACUUGGGAUCCAAGAGCGAAUCAGCUUCGAUUUAAGUCUAGCGCGCGGGUUGGAUUACUAUACCGGUGUUAUUUACGAAGCUGUUUUGAAAGGUUUCGCUUACAAUCCAAAUAGUUCAAGUGCAGAAUUGACUGGUUCUAGUGAAACUAACUUAAAAUCCUCUGUAAAAAAUACAAAAUCAAGUAAAAAGGAUAAGAAAGCCAAAGAACAGUUAGAGGAGGAAUCUGUUACAUCUGGCGAAUCCAUGGCUGUUGGUAGUGUAGCUGGUGGUGGCCGAUACGAUGGUUUAGUUGGAAUGUUUGAUUCUUCUGGAACACGAGUGCCAUGUGUCGGUUUUAGUUUUGGUGUUGAACGACUACUAGCAAUUAAAGAAGCCUUAAGUAAUUCUUCAGAUAAGAAUAAAUGUAACGUGCGACCAACUGAAACUGAAGUCAUGGUUGCUGGAGCUCAUAAGGGUCUUAUUAUGCAACGUUUACAAUGUUGUCAACUUUUAUGGAAUGCAAAGAUUAAGGCUACGAUGUCGCAUAAAAAUCAGCCCAAACUUUUGGAUCAACUACAAUAUUGUGAAUCAACUGGUAUUCCGUUGGCCGUUGUUCUAGGAGAAAGUGAACUGGCUCGUAACACUGUCAAGUUGAGAGAUAUUCAAAGCCGAGAAGAAUAUGAAGUUUUAUACACAGAUCUUGUGAAUAAGAUCAAAGAAGUACUAUCUACCAAAUACCAUAAAUAAAACUUUGUUACAUACUGUAUUUGGCUGUAUGUUGUUUUUCGGAAUUUGUGCAUCUCUUAAUCUUGUAUCGUUUGACGUAAUUUACCAAUACAAUUUUGUCUCGGAUUUGACUACAAUAAACUUAUUGGGAUUCUAAUUAAUUACGUGUGAUUUCCUUCUGUUUAGAAGGAAAUACUUACUUAUCUCACCUUUUAAAUUUGUCACAAUAUAAACCAUAAACUAGUCAUAGGUUAUCAUGAUGUGGAGUUCAGGGCAAAAUAAAUAAUCGUCAAUCUAUAAUUUUCAUUUCUUUAUCAGCCAUUGUAAACCAAUUUUGAAGUUAAUGAAUAGAGUUAUAAUACAUGUUGGUUGGGACAAUUUAUUUCUACUUGUUUUAUUAAAAAAUGUUACCUACACUCUAGCUUCUGCUUGUUUGCAGAGAAGACAUCUGUCGAAGAAUCAAUUACGAAUAACUAAUGAUAAUUAAUACAAUAUUCCGCUAAAAUAACAA